AUGAUGUCCUCUCCGGCUUCACAGCAGAACCCUCUGUCCACAAACAAUCUGUCGGUUUUACCACCCAUCCUCACCGAUGGCACGGUGAAACGGUCAUCGACGAUUCCAAAAGAUCGGCUCUCCACUUAUUCCAGCGUUUCAUUCGCAUCACAAAAUCGCUCGCGCCCAGGCUCCCAUGUCUUCCCAAUCUUCCAUACCAGCCUUCCAUAUGCGCUUGUACGCGACUUCGCCUACCCGUCUACCCAUCCUCUUCAUUACGGGCCUCCUCCCCCUCGCGCCUCUGGGGUCUCUACGCCAGCAAGUGAACAUCGACGUCUCUCUGACCCGCCACCUUCGUGGGAUACAUCGCGAGGAUGGUCGACAGGUCAACCUGGCAUGGAGCCUCAGAUUAGUCUUGUUCAUCAACAGUUGCCAGCAAUGUCUUUUGGGGAUGGACCACCAUAUAGCGAGGAUGAAGACUUGCAUAGCCCAGUUGUGACCUCGCGCCAUCGCAAAAAGCCCUCCGACAUGAAUGGUCUUGUAGAUGAGAGGGUCAUGUCGGGUACUGGCCAGGCAGGAAAUAAUGAACGCGGCAUGCUUGUUGGCAUCAAUGCCGACGGUAGUGAGACUUACUAUGUGAAUGAUGGAAAUACACCAUGCGAUGGUCCAAGGGGGGAAUAUGUCACAUAUCCAGCAAACGAAGGGCGGUAUUCAAUCAUGGGUCCCAGCGGCGCAGGCGGCCAGCAAAACUACGACCAUGACCCAGGUUUCGAGUCUGAGGAUGAUAUUCCCGAUGAAAACCGAUACUCUAGAGACUAUCAGUUUGCUGUUGGCUGCCCGGAUGAAGAGAUGCAUGGGAAGGCUGUUGCGCUCUUCGACUUCACACGAGAGCAUGAGAACGAACUUCCUCUUACCGAGGGUCAGGUAAUCUACGUUUCAUACCGACAUGGUCAAGGCUGGUUGGUCGCAGAGGAUCCCAAGACAGGAGAAAAUGGCCUUGUCCCAGAGGAGUUUGUGCGUCUUUUGCGAGACAUCGAAGGGGGCUUGACGUCGCUGAACGGUGAACCCAACCCAGAGGUUACCGGGGUCGCAGAUGUCAGUCUGGAUUCCAACGAGUCCGAACAACUAUGUACGCCCACACAAACUGAGCAGCCAUCAAUUGACAUGAAUGCUCAGUCUGAAAAUAAAGGCACCAAUGGCAAUACCCCAGCUACACUCUCAACGGAAAGUGUAGAUGCAUCUCAACCUACGUCAGGUACUGUCUCGAACCACACGGUGACCAAGACGUGA